ACAGCAGCUUCCCGCUCCUCUCAAUCCCUUUCUUUCUUUCUUCCAUUUCCCUCCAUCCUUGCAGUUGCCGCCGUUUCGUUUCCCUGAAUACCGGAUGGCGUCGUCGGCGUUCAAGUCCACCACGCGCCGCGCCCUCCACGCUUCCUCCCACGACGACCGCCCUGCGCCGCCUCCGUGCCCCCGCAGCGCCGCGCCCCGCGACCUCAACCUCCAGGACGGGUACACCAACACCCGCACAAACCCUCUCUUCGACCGCGCCGCCACCUCUCCAUCCGCCUCGCCCUCUCCGACGCUGCAGUCUCCGGGGACUGCUCCUACUAGCUCCGGCGGCGGGGAUGUGGCGAGGCGGGACAGAGGGCGUCAGCCGCUCAAAGGUGGGGGACGCGGCGGAGGGAGAGCGCGGUCGGUGUCCGUCGCGCCUCAGCGGCCGCGCACCGCCUCGGCGCCGUCGGCGGACAGUGCUGGUGCGGUCGGUGGGAGGAGAGUUUCGCAGGCGCGGUCGGUGGCCGACGACGCACGCCCGUCCCGGGGCUCCGAGACCGAUGCGGAAACCAGGGAUGUGGCAAGGAAAUUGCAGUCAUGGAGGAGUCGGCAUUCGGUUCCAGAGGGAAAACAUAGAGGAAAUGGAACUUAUGCAAGUUGCUCAUCUCAAGGAUCAACAACCGAAGUGAGGUGCCCACAAAUGGAUGAAACUACUCAUUCAGUAUCUAGCACUGCUGAUUCUUCACCUGGUCAUCAUCUUGAGCACGCCAUUUGGCAGCAGAACUAUUCAACCAUCCCGGUGGAUCCAGUUCUGGAAAUUCCUCCUGAGUUUCAUCCAGAUUCUGCUGAGUUUAUCUCUGAUAUAAGUGAUUAUGCAACAGAAUACCGAAAGGAAGAUGUUGUGAAAAUCCCUCUUGAUUUUGAUACAGAUGCUACUGAGGUUGUUUCUGACAUAAGUCACAAUGCAGCAAAACAGCAUUGGGAGCAAAUGGAAAUACCUCUUGAGUUUGAUCCAGAUGCUGCUGAGCUGGGUUCAGACACUCUGCACCAUGGAGCAAACCAGCAACGGGAACAAAUGGAAAUGCCUCUUGGGUUUGAUCCAGACACCUCUGAGCUGGCUUCUGAUAUAACAGAAUAUACAAUCAAACUCAAACUGUCACAUGAACGCGCUCGAAAGCUUCGGGCAGAUUUGGCUGUUGAAGAGCAGCGGGAACAAGAGCUGAGUAGAAUGCUAAAGGACAUAGUAACAGUUCCAAAUUUUACCGAGGCACAUAAAAAGCGUCCAAGAAGAAAGAGUAGUAUAGAAAGACUGAAAGUGUCAAGGCAUUUAGCUGAAGAGGCAAUGAAUUAUUUUGAGGAAUGUGUUUCAAUUUCAACAAUGGAUAGCACUGAUUUCUCAUCACCUGAGGACCCUCAACCAAAUUCAGUUGUGAGUGUCCCACCAAAGAGCAACAGUAGAUUUUUCCACAAAGGGAGAUCAAGCUUUCAAGAACCCCACACUCAAACUGAUCAACGUGGCCAUCAUGAGGAAUCUGACAAACAAACCCAGUGCUCAAUUUGCAUAACUGGAUCUGAUGUGCCUGACAGUGUUGUCUUUAGUCAUACAAAUGCCACUGGUUUGAAAAUUAGAAGCAACUCCAGUGAUGAUCUCGAUGGCUUUGCCACACCACAGAGCAGUUCUUGUUUCUCUUUCACCACUGAGCCAGCAAAAACUGUUGAAAAUUGUGAUUUUCGGCAAUACCUUGGAAAUUUUGGAAGGGGCAACAAUAAAGAGCUACGAGAGACGAGGUCUAGUUAUUUUGCUGAUGACUAUGUCUCCCAGAAAGCAAAUCCAGACUUGCUUAUGGAUAUGGUGACCUUUCAGAAUCGAAUAGAAUAUGGGGGGUUUCUUAUUUGUAACAUUAGAAUAUUCUGACAGUGAACAGAACAAAUAGUGCCCAAUGGUAAAAGAACUCAAGUAAUUUAUCAUGAUGUAAUUAUAAAGAGAUUAUCAUUGUGCAAUUGUUUGUGUUUUAGGGGUAUUCUGCAUCUGUUUUUUUCCUGGCGAAUGUGAAUUUUCGGCUACUGCUAUGACUUAUUAUCAUGUUUCUGUAAUAACC